GUUUACUUUGAUAUUAAUGAUUUUGCUAUGCAAUCAUGGGAGAAUUUUCACUUGCUGAUUUACAUCUAAGAAGUGAAUUUAAUUUUUCAAAGUUAAUCAGCUUGGAUUUUCUAGUGUUUGCUCACUUCCUUUAUUUCUCCUGUGUGCACGUGUUUAUCUUCUCCACAAAUUGCAGUUUCGCUAGAUGAUUGAUAUUAUGAACUUGUGAUUGUGCUAUUAUUAAAAUACUCAUUCGUGCUUGUCUAUGUUGUCAUUGCAGGUUUGUGUAAUUUUAUUGAAACUGCUGCGCUUCAAGUCUGAAGCAAAAUCUUGAGAACUUUGCUAGUCAAAUUAUAAAAAUCCCUCUUCACAUUAACAGCUGAUGCCAUAACCUUAGCAUGGAUUCACAACAGCUUUUCAGUUUUGGUGUUACUAGUGCAGAAUUACCUUACAUGUCAUCUUUUCCCACUGUUCCAUCUCUACCCAACAGGCUACUAGGACCCUUGAAAUAUGACACAGGAAACUCACCAAACUCACCCUUUUCCACUCACUUUGAUUCUGAUACUCUUUCUGCAUUGAGUGACAGCCAGGAGCAAUACAGCCCCGGAGAAAUCCUCUCUAGUGUCACCCCCUUUUGCAACUCUUUGCUGGAAACCAACCAUUACAUGCACAGAUCAAUCUCUCUUCUACAGAAUGCUAGUUGCAACCAAAAAAUCAAACACGCAUUACUUGAGCUCGAAACCGCUCUGAUGGCCCCUGAUGAUGAUGAAUUUACGACAUCAAAAGCAUUGGCUGAGACCACCUCCAGGCCAAUGGCAUCUGGCCAGAGAGACAGAUCCUGGAGCCAUGAGAAUCAUGGAUCACAAUAUACUCAGAAUCAGCCAUCAUAUGUUACCGGCAAUAGGCAGUCUAGUGAGGUUGUGCGUGUAGAGAAACGGCAAAAGUUGAUGGAGGAACCAUCACUGCAAGCUUUCCCUCCCAACAAUUUGAAGCAAUUGUUGAUAUCAUGUGCUAGGGCCCUUGCUGAGAACAGCAUGGAUGAUUUUGAUCAAUUGCUAGCAAAGGCUAGAGAUGCUGUGUCCAUCAACGGUGAGCCGAUCCAGCGGCUUGGCGCUUAUAUGGUAGAAGGACUUGUUGCAAGGAAGGAAGCAUCAGGGAAUAGCAUCUACCAUGCCCUUAGGUGUAGGGAGCCUGAAGGUGAUGAGUUACUCUCUUACAUGCAACUUUUGUUUGAAAUCUGUCCCUACUUGAAAUUUGGUUACAUGGCUGCCAAUGGAGCCAUUGCGGAGGCUUGCAGAAACGAGGAUCGGAUACACAUCAUAGAUUUCCAAAUUGCUCAGGGAUCUCAAUGGAUGACACUUCUUCAGGCCCUUGCAGCAAGACCUGGUGGUGCUCCUCAUGUUAGGAUCACGGGGAUUGAUGAUCCUGUUUCAAAGUAUGCUCGUGGUGGUGGAUUAGAUAUUGUUGGCAAAAGGUUGGCCUUGAUGUCUGAGAAAUUUGGCAUCCAAGUUGAGUUUCAUGGAGUGCCAGUUUUUGCUCCUGAUGUGACAAGGGAAAUGCUUGAUAUCAGGCCUGGUGAGGCCUUGGCCGUGAACUUCUCCUUGCAGCUCCAUCACACAGCUGAUGAGAGUGUUCAUGUGAGUAACCCCAGGGAUGGACUUUUGAGAUUGGUGAAGUCACUUUCUCCCAAGGUGACCACACUGGUGGAGCAGGAAUCAAACACAAACACAACCCCUUUCUUACUUAGGUUCAUUGAGACCUUGGAUUACUACUUGGCAAUCUUUGAGUCUAUCGAUGUCACCCUUUCAAGAGAUAGCAAGGACAGGAUCAAUGUGGAGCAGCAUUGUCUGGCCAGGGAUAUUGUGAACAUCAUUGCUUGUGAAGGCAAGGAAAGGGUUGAGAGACAUGAAUUGUUCGGCAAGUGGAAGUCUAGGUUAACAAUGGCUGGUUUUACUCAGUGCCCUUUGAGCUCUUAUGUGAAUUCUGUCAUAAGAAGCCUUCUGAGGUGUUAUUCAGAACAUUAUACACUAAUGGAGAAGGAUGGUGCCAUGUUGCUGGGGUGGAAGAGCAGAAAUUUGAUAUCAGCUUCAGCUUGGCAUUGAUAAAAACAUAGAUAGAAAAUAGUGUUAGUGGUAGUAGAAAUAUCAUGAUGAUGGAAGCCACAUGGUAUUUUGGGGUGGUAAAUCUAGGAAGGUUUAGCAUCUAGCUGAUUAAGGUUUAUGUUCAUUGCCAGUGCUAUCUCAUCUCAUGUACUAGUGACAUAGUAUAUUGAUUCUUUUACAAAAUGUAAAGUAUGUUAACUGUUCUUGUUCUAUGGAUAUUUUUAUCUUGUGCCUGCAA